AUGGCAGAUCAAAGUUCUCCGGGAUCAUCCCCAAAUGCUAGUUACGUAACACAGGUACAUGGAUUUCCAGGUCAAUUUUUACCUCCACAUACCCAAUUUAUGACCCCACCUCAAUAUCAACAACAGCUCACUCAAUCUUCAAUACCUGUAAAUCAAGCGAUUAUGGAAAAGCUCGAGGCAAUGGACAAAAGAUUAAAUAAGCUGGAUUUAAUUGAAAGUCAGAUUAGCAAUUUGACACAGAAAAUGACCGUUAUGGAUCAACGUGUCUCAUCACUUGAGGGUAAAAUUUAUGAGCAAAACAGUAAAUUAACAGAAAUUGAAGCCAGCAGAAAUUAUGAUUCCCAAUUAAGCGAUGAGAUUAGAAAAAAACAAUAUGACAUUGACAAACAACUUAAGUCUGGUAUUGAAGCAAAUAAGAAAGUAAUGUCGGAAUAUCAAACUUUAAAGAAGGAGAAUCACAGAUUGACUGAGGAAGUUAUUGACUUACAGUCGAGGUCCAUGCGGGACAAUUUACUCUUUUUUAACAUUGAAGAAGAAAAAACCGAUGAGGCCCGCAAAACUGAAAACUGUAGUAACAAAAUUUACACGUUCUGUAAAAACGAUCUGGGUAUGGCGGACGUUCAAACCAGUGUACAGAUUGACAGGGCGCACCGUAUUGGCCAAUUUACAACGGGUAAAAAAAGACCAAUAGUGGUAAAAUUUAAUCACACACCCGAUAAAAUAGAAAUAAAAAAAAAGGUAUUUGAGAAACAGGAUUCUAUAUCUGUCAAAUGCAGUGAUCAAUAUCCUAAAGUUAUCCAGGAUCGCAGAAAGAGGUUAAUACCAGAGAUGAUAAAGGCUAGAGAAGAAAACAAGACAGCAGUUUUGAGAUACGAUAAGCUGUAUAUUAAUGGCAGUUUGUUUCGUGAAACAGUUGAGGAAGCCAAUUAG